AUGGACCGCGUAGUGUCUAGUACCGCCAGCGGCACCUCAACGAACGGAACAGCAGCGAAACGCAAAAGCACCGCCGCCGCGUCAAAACGCCGCGUGACCGCGGCCCCGCUCGACAGCCUCCAGACGCUCUUCGGCCCGCCACCGAAGCGACGAAGCACGGGCAGGCGCCGCUCGCGCAGCGGCACGCCGCGGCAACCGCCUAAACCGGCGGUCACCGUCUCGCCAUCAGACGAGAGCGUCGACAGCCGCGACGGCCGGCCGCCCGUCGUCGACGCCCGCUACCCGGCGCCGACGCCGCCGUGGGAGUACGAGGUGGACGGCGACACCGACAUCAUGCUGCCAGAUGGCCGCAUUAUCUCGACCGCGGACGCCGCGGACGCCGCCUUCGUUGCCGCGGCCGCCGCGGCCAGCGCUUUCGUGGGCGACGCCGUUGAAAACAAUGACGACGCCGCCGCCGCCUUCGUCGACGACGCGGCCUCCGUCGACACGUCCGUCUGCUCGGAGCGGCAGACGGAGUGGGUGUGGCGGAGCGGCCUGGACGUCUCCGAGCUCGUCGACGACUGGGGCUGGGAGGACGCGCUCGCCGAGCGCAAGAAGCGGCUCCUCGCGGAGUUCGUCGGCGACGACUAA